AUGUCCGAAAUACCUCCAAACCUUCUCCUAAACCCUCGCGCCCACGUCCUUAGCUCUUCGACGGCCCCUCUCUCAACUGUUCCUUCCACAAAUCCUCCUUCUAGUUUGACAGUUAACGAACCAGUUGACCCCACUGCUCGCUUGUCGCCAGAGGAAGAACAAACGAGGCUCUCUGCUGCUUUAGCGGACAAGGCGACUGGGAAUACUCAUUUCACAUCCACGCCGCCGGACUACGAAACCGCCAUUUCAUAUUACCGUUCUGCUCUCGAGUCCUGCCCAGCGUACCUGACCGAACAUACUACAAUCUUACACGCGAAUAUCGCAGCAAGUUUCAUUAAGCUUUCAAGAUGGAAAGAAGCAGAAGAAGCGGCAACAAAUAGUCUGAAGGUCAGUGGGGAAGACGAUGACAUAUUACGGGAACGCGAGGCGAUAAAACGACAAAAAGAAGAGAAGGAAAAGAAGGAAAAGGAAGGCAAGAGUAUUGAAGGUGGAAAGGGUGCUGGUGUACAAGAUACUUCCAACGGAAGAAUAGAAGAGGUCGAAGAUGAUGAUGAAGAACACAUAGAGUGGGGUAAAAACUGGAAGGCUAGACUACGAAGGGCCAAAGCAAGGGAGAUGCAGAACACAUGGCAAAGCCUUUCAGGUUCUCUUGAAGAUUACAAAAUCCUAUCUUCUCGCUCCGCAAGGUUCCAGUCUAUUCCUUCGAUCGACCGUAAAGCCAUAGAACAAGCAUUGGUCCGGAUCCCACCCGUCCUCGAAGAGAAGAAACAAAAAGAAAUGGCAGAGAUGAUGGGCAAGCUGAAGGGAUUGGGAGACACGAUACUUAGACCGUUCGGGUUAAGUACAAGUAACUUCCAGAUGGUGAAGGAUGAGAACUCCGGCGGGUACAGUCUCAACUUUCAGCAAAAUUCGGAAAAGAAGUGA